AUGGCGAGCCUGGAGGUUUCUGCGAGCUCCGCUCCAGCAUGGGGACCUCAGCAGACGGCCAUCGCUUGCUACGAUGACUUCGUUCCCAUUCUGCUUGGCGGCACUGAGUCUCUGCUGAACGGCUUUCUCAAGAGACGCAAGCGAGACAUCGCGUUGGUGGUGCUCACGGUCAUUCUUCUGGUGAGCGUGUCGCUGCUGUGGCCCAUCUUGUUCUCCCUGAGGGUAGACGGGACGACCUCCAUGUCCUGGGCGGCCGUGUGGACCCCUCUGUGGAUUACUGAUGGCAUUGGGUUGAUGUUCUUCGUAUUUAUUGUGAGCUGGGGACCUAUCAAGGCCCCGGCCGAGUGGCAGGGCGAGUGGCGAGACCCUUACCCGAUGUCGAUGAGGGUGCUUGCGCUCGUGAAGUGGGGGUUGCUCGUUUUGUUUCAGGUACUCUUAGUUCUUAGGUUGGAUCGCCACAUCAGCUGGUCUUGGGAGGAAGUUUUGGCGCCGCUCAUGGCGUGGGUCUGGCUUCGGAUUGCUGGAGAGCUGUAUAGGAUUGUGCUUCAGACGAAGCGGCUGUUUGUCGGCAGAGUCAUCGCCGCAAUCAAGGCCAUGGGCGAAGCGGCCAUGCUGUUCCUUCAAGUGUUAUUCCUCAUGUGGAGACUCGACGGCGAGGUGAACUGGAACUGGUGGGUGGUGUUCGUCCCUACAUGGCUCCUCCACGCCGGGCAGUUGUUCACCUGGUGUACAAACCAGGCCCUGGCGAUGUCCCUCGCGCGGGGCCUCGAAGACAACGACGGCUCAACGGAGGAGCAACGUAGGAAGCUGCUGGAGGCAUCCGUCCUGAUGGACAACGCCAAGCACUCCCGCAAGUUGUUAGGGGGCACCCUGGUGACGAGCGUGCUGGCCGUCUACCUGGUCGCUGGCGCGGACUACUCGGCUUUCAUCGUCUUCCUGCCGCAGUUCUUUUCCGCCAUCUGGUUCACUUUCGUGGUGACGUGCCUCGUCUGCUUCGCCGAGCGACGGGCCCGACAGGAAGAGGCCGAUGGGGCUGAAGGGGAGGGUUUCAACACCGACGUGUGA